GUAGCUGUUCAGAGUGACAAUACAAAUAAAAGGCUUCGUUCGGACACGACCGAGACAUUUUUGUCGAUAGCCCUUUGGACAAGAGAUGGACAUGGAUCCCCAUUGAAGGCGGCCAGGGACAACCCGAGGCCCGUGCAUUGGGUUCUGAAAGUUAGUGGGGCCGGCCGCAAGCCUGGACUUCUGUUUGACGCGACGCGCUUUCGCAUCUUAUCCAUUAACGCGUCUCUCAAACAACCGCAACAACUUGACCUGCAACACGGAAAGGGCACCCAGGUCGUGAAUUACCUUAAAAGAUGGCAUUUAAAUCAGCAGACACCGCAAACCGAGGAAAAUCUGGCGGCAACUUUGUCGACGAUUACCUCGCCGAUUGGGACGACGACCCGUUCAGGUCGCCCAGCCCUGAGCCAGCUAAGAAUGACAAGGACGCGGAGAAAAAGAAGGAUGUUUUGGGUAUCGACAAGGAGCUCGAUCUGAAGAAAAAACCUAGGGCCCCAAGAGUCAAGCUGGACGACACUCGGCUACUUUCAGAUAAGGGAAUCCCAAAACUGAGAAAGACGGCGCCGAGGCUCAAGUUGAAGGGGAAGGGACAUGAGUUUUCCGACGCCGCCCGUUUGCUCUCUUUCUACCAAGAAUGGCUGGAUGAUUUAUUUCCCAAAGCCACAUUUCUUGACGCCCUCGCAAUGGUGGAAAAGACGGGCCACAAGACCACUAUGCGCAAUGCCCGACUAAAAUGGAUCGACGAGCUCAAGCCUAGGGCAGCUACCCCAGAGGACGACGAAGACAAUCGGAUUCACCGAGGAGGGCCUGGCCCGCAGCAGCCGCCCAGAGUUGCGCCGAUAUUCGAGAACACGACGGGGGUCCCCGGGGAACGGGCGAAAACCCCUACCGCAGAUGACCUCUUUGGAGACGACGAUCUUUACAACGCCACCCCAGUGCGGAACACUGGUAGUACUGCGCCGCCUAGGCAGGUGGGGGCCGAUGUUCCAGAUGAAGACGACCUGGAUGCGUUGAUGGCCGAGGCGGAAGCAGAGUCGAGCGCUAAAACACAACAGGCUGGGCCCGCCCCGCCCUUUGGGAGCAUCUUCGGCAACGGAGCGAGAGCUAUGGCCCCAGCCACAGGCGCGGGGCCUGACGACGAUGAUUUGGACGCGUUAAUGGCCGAGGCCGAGGCGCAGUCGGGCCCAACCCGGCCGGCUCAACCAGCCGCGAACGAAAGCAUUUUUGGCAGCGGGACCAAGAAACAAACGGCACAAAUAACUGGCGACGAUGACGAUGACCUGGAUGCCCUUAUGGCGGAGGCGGAAGCCGAGGCGGGGGUCCAGAGGACUUCUCAACCCGUGGUCCCGAAAGAAGCCGGGAGUGGCAAUGUGCAGGCUGCAGAGAAGGGUCCGAACUUUGACGACGACGACGACCUUGAUGCCCUCAUGGCAGAGGCAGAGGCAGAGACAGAAGCGGGGGCCGGUGCCGCGGAACGACCUCCAGGUGACAACAAUAAGGCUUCCUCGGUGCAAGUUGAGACCGGCGGCGUUGACGACGACGAAGAGGCAAUGGCCGAAAUGGACGGUUUGUGGUGAAGCUACCUAGCGUUGGAAUCCAAUGUGGCGCUUUCUGUACCAUUCUUGUUCGAACGAUCAUCUAAGCAACGUAUUGACCCCGAGUCAGCGCUUCGAGCAUGAGGCCCAGCAUUUUCAAUCCCGGCAGGUAGCUAAUUGUGGAAGAGUUCAUCUUUGUGUGUCCAAAGCACAAACCUCGAUUACAAAAAGGCGCCUAUCUCCGUUCGGAUCCGGCGGUGCCACGGUC